GUUCGACGCUCGUGGAGGUUGUUGUUGGCGUUCUGCGCCGCUGUUGAAGUUUCUCCAGGGGGAUAGCGGCGGGAACCGCGGCCGGGGCUCAGCGCGUGGAUGCGGGGCGAAGAGUCCGAGUCGGGUACCGAGUCUGGUUCCGAGUCGGGCAGGAUGGAGGAGAGUUCGGUCCGGAGGAGUUUGGACACUUUGUGUCAAGAACUGAUGGACGAGCAGACCGCAGCUGAAGCCCUGGGCAACUUCACCGCAAUAUGGGACACCUACACCCUGGAGGGAGAGGUGGUCCACUGGCUGGCCUGUGCGCUGUACGCGGCCUGCAGGAAGGGCUCCACUCCCACCGUGGGGAAGGGGCUGAGAGGGAACUGCGUCUCGCUCACCAGGAUCCUGCGCUGCGCCAAGCUGAGCCUCAUCCAGUUCUUCUCCAAGAUGCGGAAAUGGGCCGACAUGUCCAACCUGCCGCAGGACUUCAGGCUGCGGAUGGACCGGCUGGAGCGCAACUUUGAGGUUUCCACGGUGAUCUUCCGUAAGUUCGAGCCCAUCUUCAGGGACAUGUUCGUGAAUCCCCAGAGAUGCGAGGCCCCGCGGCAGCCGCGCAGCAGGAAGCACAGGCGGCUGCCCUGUCACAUCACUGACGUGUUCAAGUUCUGCUGGACGUUGUUCGUCUACACUAAAGGAAACUUCCGGAUGAUCGGAGACGACCUGGUGAACUCGUACCACCUGCUGCUCUGCUGCUUGGACCUGGUGUUCGGCAACGCUCUGCUGUGCGCCAACAGGAAGGAGCUGAUCAACCCUGGCUUCAGAGGUGUGCCUCCCUCGUUCCGAUUGGACGGCGCCGCCCCCCAGAGCGAGACUCCGCCCUGCGUCUUGGAGAAGCUGUGUGAGCUGCAUGAUGGCCUGGUGGUGGAGGCCAAAGGCAUCAAGCAGCACUACUUCAAACCGUACAUCCACAAACUGUUCCACAAACAGAUCCUGAAAGGAAACGAAACGCUGUUCACUGAAAUGUUGGAUCCUCAGAACUUCAUUGACAACAAUAAAGCCAUAAACCGGGAGUACGAGGAGUAUGUCCUGACAGCCGGAGACUUCGACGAGCGCGUCUUCCUGGGAGCCGACGCCGACGAGGAAAUCGGAACGCCAAGGAAGUUUGUUCAGGAGCGAAUGGCCAGCCAGGCUGCAGCUCAGAGAGACGGGCAGCAGGUGGAGAAGUGCGGCUCGCUCGCCCCGUCCACUCCCCUGACGGGACGCGUCUACCUGAAGGAGAAGGACCUGCUGUUCACGCCCGUCUCUGCAGCGACGCAGAGCGUGAGCCGGCUGCAGAGCAUGGUGGCGGGUCUGAGGACGGCUCCCAGUGAAAACCUGCUGCAGAUCUUCAGGUCCUGCUCCAGAGAUCCCACUGACUCCAUUCUGGGUCGGGUCAAAACUUUGGGUCAAACCUUCAAGGAACAUUACAGCAACGACUCCGAGGACACGCCGGGAUCUCACAUCGACUUCGCUGAGAGCCGCUGGAAGCUGGCCGAGAUCCUCUACCACAAAGUCCUGGAGAACAUUCUGGUGCAGGAGACGAAGCGUCUGCAGGGCCGGGACAUGAGUGUUCUGCUGGAGCAGGAUAUCUUCCACUGCUCCCUGAUGGCGUGCUGCCUGGAGGUGGUCCUGUUCUCCUACAGCUCCCAGAGAACCUUCCCCUGGAUCAUCGGCGUCUUCAAGCUGCCGCCGUUCUACUUCUUCAAGGUCAUCGAGGUGUUCAUCCGCUCAGAGGAAGGUUUGUCCCGCGACAUGGUGAAGCAUCUGAACGCCAUCGAGGAGCAGGUUCUGGAGAGCCGGGCCUGGGCCUCGGACUCCGCCCUGUGGAGCGCCCUGGAGGCCGCCGGCGGAAAAGUCCCCACGGUGGAGGAAGUGAACUUCUCGUCUUGUCUGGAUCCGGGUUCUGGUUCCGGUUCCUCUAACGGCCAGUCUCAUCUGCCGCUGAUGGCCCAGUCUCCCAUCAUCCACCCCCGGAUCAGGGAGUUCCGGUCGGUCUGGGAAGUUUCACGGAAAGAAGUUCCUCCGUCUCCGCUGUCGGUCCACGACCGGUACAGCUCUCCGGCCGCCGGCAGCGCCAAGCGCCGGCUGUUCGGCGACGACCCGGCGGCGCCCCCUGCUGGGCGGAACGACGCCGUCGGCCCGACGCCGUCUCCGGCCAAGAGGCUGACGUUUGGGACGGGCCAGAAAAACGGAGGCCAGAGCGCCGUGAUCAGCAUCCCUCUGCAAGGUGAGCGAGCGUUCGCCCUGAUCCCGGUCCAACCCUGCGACCCGUCCGGCGUCGUCACGGCUCGGUUCCUGCUGACCUCGUCCCCGGGUCGGGUGGAUGUCGCCACGGCGACCUCCGGCACCGACCCCCAGGCGGGAACCGGGCGUCCGCGGCGAACCGGGUCGCUGGCCCUGUUCUUCAGGAAGGUGUACCACCUGUCCAGCGUGCGGCUCAGGGAUCUCUGCCUGAAGCUGGACGUGUCGUCGGAUCUGCGCCGGAAAAUCUGGACGUGUUUUGAGCAGGUUGUGGUUCAGAGCAGCGACCUGCUGAGGGACCGACACCUGGACCAGCUGCUGCUGUGCUGCGUCUACAUCAUCGCCAAGAUCACCAAGGAGACGCUGACCUUCCAGGACAUCAUGAAGUGUUACCGCAGCCAACCGCAGGCCAGCAGCCACGUGUACCGCAGUGUGUUGCUCCGUCACCCCCCCAGAGAGCAGCCAGCUGAUGAAAACAUGGAGGUGGACUCUGUAUCUGGAGGAGAAUCUGCAGAGAAAGCCAAUCAGCAGCCAGCAGGCAGACAUCCUGACCAAUCAGAGGAGGAGCAGCGUGGUGACCUCAUCCAGUUUUACAACAUGGUCUUCGUCCUUAAGAUGAAGAGCUUCGCCAUGCGCUACGCCACCGGCGACGCCCGGGCCGACGCCCCGCCCCUCUCUCCGUUCCCGUCAGUCCGCGCCCCUCUGUCGCCGCGGCGCGUCAGUCAGAGACACUCGCUCUACGUUUCACCUCACAAGAACUCAGCAGGGAGUCUGACGCCGAACUCCUUCACCUACAGGAUCAACAGCAGCCCGUCCAAGGAGCUGUCGGACAUCAACCGGAUGAUCCGCCAGGGCGCCGUCAGCAGGAAGAGGGCCUUCACCAUGGAGGGCGACGUGAUGAUGUCAUCGGCCUGCGACUCGCCCAGUAAGCGGGCGUGUCCGGAGAGCGGCGGCGGUCCCGACGUCCUGCUGAAGCGCCUGCAGGACGUCGUGUCCGAGCGCCAGAGUCGCUGACGGAGCCUCGGACCUGGAUGCCGUGUUCCAGAACCGCCCCGUAGCGGCGGCUCCGCGUGGAGAAAGGUUUCACACGCUGACCUGCUGUCAGUUUGGCCGUUUCCUGAGCGAGUCCGGUUUGAGAAAACGGUCUGAACACAAAACGCUUUAAUCCAGAUUUUCUG